AUGUCUACUAAUUUAAUCUCUACACUAGUCGUGGACCCAAUUAGAGUGGUUACUAAUGUUAAUAUUUGUGACCUUGUCACUCGUAAUAACAACUCAAAGACUGUGAUAACAAGACAUGAUCUAAUUCAAAUGGCCAGACAACAAGAUAUGAAAUUGAAUAAAAAAAAAGAUAAAAUUUAA